UUGGUCCAGCUCUGAUGGUCUGGAAAUGACCUGCUCAGACUCUGUCAGACUGGUGGACGGGACUGGUCUGUGUUCAGGCAGACUGGAGGUGAGGUCUGACCAGCGCUGGUCCCCAGUGUGUGAGGAGGACUUGGACCUGCAGGGUGCUCAGGUGGUCUGCAGGGAGCUGGGCUGUGGGGCUCCUUCAGUCUUCAAGGGGGGAAUGUUUGGAGGAGUGGAGGCUCCGUUCUGGACUAAGAAGUUCCAGUGUGAAGGCCACGAGUCUGCUCUCCUGGACUGUCCAGACUCAGGGUUGACUGGAAACACCUGUCCAGCUGCUACAGCUGUUGGCCUCACCUGCUCAGGCCCUGAUGAAGUCCAGUUGGUGGGAGGAUCCAGCACCUGCUCUGGUAGACUAGAGAUCAACCACCAUGGAGAGUGGAGACCAGUGGAACCUUGGGACACUUCCUGGACUCUAAAGGUCACAGCUGUGAUUUGUAGAAGACUGGACUGUGGCUCUGCUGUUUCAUCUAGACAGAUAAAGGAAUCCUCUAACAGACCUGUGUGGAGGAUCAUCCCCGGUUGUGUAGAGUCUAAAUCUACAUUAAAGGAAUGUGUGGACAUAGAGGAUGUGUCCAGCUCUGAUGGUCUGGAAAUGACCUGCUCAGACUCUGUCAGACUGGUGGACGGGACUGGUCUGUGUUCAGGCAGACUGGAGGUGAAGUCUGACCAGCACUGGUCCCCAGUGUGUGAGGAGGACCUGGACCUGCAGGGUGCUCAGGUGGUCUGCAGGGAGCUGGGCUGUGGGGCUCCUUCAGUCUUCAAGGGGGGAAUGUUUGGAGGAGUGGAGGCUCAAUUCUGGACUAAGAAGUUCCAGUGUGAAGGUAACGAGUCUGCUCUCCUGGACUGUGGAGGAUCUGGCUCAGGUAGAAACACCUGCUCACCUGGUAAAGCUGUUGGACUCUCCUGUGAAUAUCCAGAUUAUAUCAGGUUGGUGGGAGAGCCCAGCCGGUGUGCAGGAACACUGGAGAUGAAACACAAGGAAAAGUGGAGACCUUUGUUAGAGUAUUGGUAUUCUGAGUGGGACCAGAGGUCUGCAGCUGUAGUGUGUACAAUUCUGAAAUGUGGUUCUGCUGUUUCAACAAGAAGAGUGGAACAUGAUGAUGAAAGAGUGAUGUGGGUGAUCGGAGCUUCCUGUGUCCAGACAACAUCUUCUCUGUUUCAGUGUGUAGAUCAUGGAUAUCACUGCAGCUACGAGGACCUUGAGGUGAUCUGCUCAGAUUUGCUUGAAAAGCCAAACAUCACCUUCUCCUUCUCCACUGAUGGGGUCUCCGAGGCCACGCCGCAGGGCUACCAGGCCCUCAGUGGCACUAGCUUCAACAUCACGUGCUCCAUCAGACCUCAGUAUGAAGGAGGAGAUUUCCAGCUCAUCUUCUCUGACUCCAUCACAACACAGAGCUACACCCAGACAGCUGUCAACCAUGCUGCCCACUUCCUGUUUCCUCCUGCAGACCAGAGCCACGGAGGGCAGUACAGCUGUGUUUAUCACCUCCAUGUUUUCUCCCAGACCUUCUCCUCAGAGAGCCAGACUGUCUCUCUCACUGUUGGAGACCCUCUGAGAGACCUGAUCAUCAGAUGUGUGGUCCUGAUUGGUGGUCUGCUGACGAUCAUCACUGCCCUCUACUGCUGCUAUAAGGUCAAAACCAAGCAGCAACCUCCGGUCCUGAAUAAUGAAGUCAACGUGGAAAUGCAAAUACUUACAACACCACAAGAGUCCACUUGAGGCUGGCUGCAGGAACAGUCCAGUCUGGACUCCAGUUAAACAGCUGGUUUUUACAGUAGAGUUAAACUGGUUUACAGACUGGUUCAAAAAAA